AAUUUAUUUUUUAGUUGAUGAAAAACAAACCACUCAUGUUUGAUCUCACCAUUAAGUCCAACCUUGACCCGGGGCUUAUUGACUUAUGUUGACUUAAGUUUUUUUAUGUUUUUGGCACUUGGUUUUUCUCAGACUGUUUGGUGUUUGAUUAGUAAAAUCACAUGUAUUCAGGGCAUCAGCUCUGAAUAUUUAACUGAGGCAGAGAUCAGACUGACAUCCAGACGGACGAGGAACGAGGAACGAGACUACUACACUACUUCACCUGAGAUUAUAUUCCAGUUGCAGAGUGCUGUGAGAGCCCUGAACAAUGCGUCCUGUUGUGGUUACUUCCGUCCUUCUUCUGGUGGUGCUGAUGUUCAUGUCGGACUCUGCAGCUGAAAUGUGUAAGACCAAAUAUCUGCCCAAACCGUGUAAGACGAAGCUCGGUGAAGGUUGGGUCCAGAUGAAUAAGCAAUUCUGUGUGAAGGCGUUCUACGAGACUCUGAGCUAUACUGAUGCACAGAGAGUCUGUAGCGACAACCUAUAUGGUAAUCUGGUAUCGAUCCACAAUGAUGAUGAUCAGUCUCAAGUGCAGUGUGCCAUGUACAGAGCCAACACCAGAAAAGCUAACUACUGGAUUGGAGCCACACUUUUUGAGAGUCAUGUUGGGAAAAAUGUGUGGACUUGGACAGAUGGCAGUCGUUUUGAUUACAACAAAUGGGCUCCUGGCCAGCCUGACAAUUAUAUGAAAACAGAGUCCUGCGUUGAGAUGAUCUCUUGGGACUCGGGAUUCUGGAACGAUGCGUCCUGUACUAACAAGAAGUCCUACGUGUGUGCAGUGUUAGUCUCAUAGUUCAGAGAGAACCUGAAGAGCAGCAGUUGGACCAGUCUGCUUCAACUGUAACCACUGCAAGCUUUUACAUUUACUGCAAUAAAUAUUCAGCAUCA